AUGGCGGCUGGGACGGGGGCCAUCGUUGAGUUGGGACGCGACGUGUUGCGGUUCCGACCCUUGAAUGGCGCCAGUCCGGGACUUAACAUUGUCUUUGACGAUAUUCUGAACCACAUCUUUGUGGUUCACGAAGACGGUCGAACAGUCGAUGUCUUGUCACAGGCCAAGCCAGAGCCCCGACAAUGGAUUCUACCCGAGCACGGCGAGCCCGUGCGCUCACUUCGCUUCUCCCUGGACGGCAAUGUGCUCGCCUACUACUACGAACCCCGCACACUGAACUUUCUGACCAUUGAACGUCAAUCCUUUCAAGCCACCAUCAAGGUAUGCAGCCGCCACUCCGACCAAGGAGAAUUCACCAAUACCCUUGCCACUUCCCCAACAUCCGUUUUCAUCCGCUGCAAAUCCAAGCUUACAUCAUUUGAUCUCAAGCAACCGCCCCUGCAAAUCCACACACCAAUGCUGAUUACCGCGCGCGUGUGUUCCCGCCUCAUGUGCCGUGUGCUCCGCCCGACCCGACAGAACAAGUUGGCCGAGAUUAAGUACUUCUACUGGACUGGCCCUGACGAUGUGGUCGUUGUGACCAACCUGAGCAUUGAACUUUAUCGCAUUCAAAAGUUAUUGGAGCACUCUUGCUCACAAGCUCGUUCCACGCAUCAGGUGAACGUCAAGCGGCGGUCCACAAAACUGGUCAAGGCCGUCAACACCUCUGUUUCUUGGUGCAUCUACUCGCGUGGUGGCAUCACCAAAAUCCCUCGAUUCGAAGUCGCACCCUCUGCUUCACCCGAGCCUCGACAGACUGGAUUCACAACUCGCGAUGUUUGCAUCUGCAAGCUCUACAACCGCCUUUACCUGGCUGUCGUCCGAAACAACUCCAAGUCUCAUGCGGGACCCAAAUCCGAGGUCACGCUCUACCUCAUCACAAAGGAGGGCGUGGCCAAAGCCCACAGUCUGCAUUUGGACGUCAACGGGCGCCUGCUUAUGAGUGCAGUGGACAACCUUUUGCUCGUACACCAUGCAACCACAGAGACAACAUUUGCCUUUGAUAUUGCUUGCAAAGUGACGACGAGCCGCGCCGCGGUUGGCAGCGGAUCCACGGAAUGGUUUACCCAUCGACCCGUAUUUCAGUGCAAGAUCCCACCGACAGUUUUGGACGACAACGGCUCCGAUCGCAUCCUGCCUGCGUAUGGUGAAUCCCUCCUGUGCUUCCAACCAGCCAUUCUCAUUGAUGCUCGAGCCGGAUGUCUGUGGAGCCUUGAGCUCUAUGCGAACCGAGCCCCCGCUGUGAUCCAAGAUUUUACCACGCUUUUUGAUGUACUGAGCCGACGCACCGGGGCCGCGCCCGUGAUGAUUGAGCUCCUUUCUGAAGUUGCACUGGCACAAACACCCAUGGCCCUGCGCCACCUGACGUAUGCCUUUGAUUGCAUCAGUAACAUCUUGGCCAAGGCAAAUCGCCCCAAUCAGAAGCGGUUCAAUUACCAAACCCUGCGCCAGAUCGAUGUGUGCCACAAAGUCUUUUUGCUGCUGCAAGCCAACGAGGAGAUGAGCAGGCGCUUCUUGAUUCGCGCUGUAACAGAGUACAUUCGCAGCUUAUCCUUGGCCGAGGUUCCUGUUGAACAUCUUAUCUAUGAGAUGCUGAUCAACAUGCUCGUGUCGGGCAAGCAGUUUUAUCAGCUUCAUCAAUUUUUCCAGUACCAUGUUUUUGAUGACAGCGAGCCGAUGGCUUGCUUCUUGCUCAGCUUGCAGAUGCAAUACCCACCUGCUUACCAGCUGGCCAUGGACAUGUUCAAGCGAAUUGAAAGCGAUCCCGUCAAGAUUUGCGAUAUCCUGUUGACAUGUGGCUUCGUCUUGCCAGCACUGCGGUACAUCAAAUCCUUUGGGCGCGACAUCGUCGGACGCGUGCCUGCCAAGCGAUUUCUUGAAGCUGCGCUGGCCAGCAAUGAUGACAUGCUAUUCUACAACGUGUACAACUUCUUCAUUAUGCGGAACGUGACGCUCCGCAACAAGUCGGCAUUUCUGCCUGACGAGGAUUGCGAUAAAUUUGUGCGCUUGUUUGACACAAAGUUCGGACGGGCAGGAAAUCGAAAUAACUAGGUAGCAAGCCCUUGAUCGUGGGUAAAUGUGCAUGUUCAAAUGGAAAGGCAUGCCCACGCGUCUUUAUCUACCCAGGUGCCAUUGUCGCGACUGCUCCUUUUUAAUGGCUCUGCUCAUGUUUGCACAUCACUGGUUACAAAAUCGUACUUUUCUAAUUGAAGCUUGCUCUG